GUUACGAUAGUGAGACAUAAGGCAAUCGAAAGCCGUGCUCAUCCGGAACAUGAUGGAGAUGAAGCGGUUGCUUGACUACGAACCACCAAAAUCUCAGUGCCCGUGGACAAGUGCAGUAGCCCCGCGAUGUUGCCCCACUGAUACGGGAUAUCGCUUAUCGCUUAGCGCUAUCGCGAUUAGUUUCAAAAAAGUCUGGAAAGAAGAACCCUCCAGCUGUGUCCAAGGUCAAGGUCAAGGUCAAGGUCGAGAUCCAGCGUCCGAAUCGAAUCGCAUACGCCAAUUCAACCACAUCCCGCAGACAAAAUGUUGCGCCAAGUCAAGCCUCGCAAUGCGCGUUCAAAGCGCGCCCUCGAAAAGCAGGCACCCAAGGCCGUUGAGAAUCCCAAGACCUGCCUCUUUCUACGCGGAACCACUUGUUCACAGGUCGUACAAGAUGCGCUCACGGACUUGUAUUCGCUGAGGGUACCACACGCCAAGAAGUUCACUAAGAAGAACCCCAUCCAUCCAUUUGAAGGAACAGACAGCCUGGAAUUCUUUAGCCUGAAGAACGACGCAAGUCUCAUGUGCUUCGGUUCCAGUUCCAAGAAAAGGCCACACACAAUCACCAUGGUUAGAAUGUUCGGACACAAAACACUCGAUUUGCUGGAAUUGCACCUCGACCCCGAGACCCACAGAACCUUGAGCCAGUUCAAGGGUCGAAAGACGGCCAUUGGUCUGAGGCCCAUGAUAGUCUUUGCCGGAACCGCCUUCGAGUCCCCAAUCCCCAAUGAGUACACGCAGGCCAAGUCCUUCUUCCUAGAUUUCUUCAAGGGAGAAGGCUCCGACAAGAUCGAUGUUGAGGGACUACAGUACAUAGUCUCUAUAUCUGCUGAGGAACCCGUCAAUGACGAUGACGCCAAGCCAGUCAUACACCUCCGAGUCUACCUGAUCGAGACGAAGCGAAGCGGCGAGAAGAUGCCCCGUAUUGAGGUUGAGGAGAUGGGCCCGCGCAUGGACUUUAGAGUCGGAAGAGUACAAGAACCUGACGCGGCUAUGCUCAAGGAGGCCAUGAAGAAGCCCAAGACCAGCGAGGAGAAGACCAAGAAGAACAUCAACACAGAUACGAUGGGUGACAAGCUCGGCAGAAUUCACUUGGGCAGACAAGACCUGGGCGACUUACAAACCAGGAAAAUGAAGGGCUUAAAGAGAAGUCGAGACCCCCACAACGAGGUGAUGGUGGAUGGUGGAUCUGAUGAGGAGAAGCCCAAGAAGAGCAAGCAAUGAGGCCAUCCGUGAGCAUGGCAUGGGAGAUCUUCAUCUUGGUUCUAUUGGAGUUCGGCGUUGCUCUCGAAAUGAUGUAAACACACCCUAGACGUUUACGCUAUACUCUCGACGACACAAGAUAAGGACAAAAUAGCCCAGUACUUGGGUGGUAUUGGAGGGAAAACACGUCAAUCUCAAGAAUCCGCAUUGCCGAGCGCUAUGAAGCCAUUGUAUCUAAAUACCCGACCGAGGAGUGCGCAAG